CAUCAACUUUUUAAAUCAGUCAUGGUCUCCUAUUAGUUCAACUUUUAUCAUUGAUUCCUCAAUACUCAACAAUCAUACUCGUAGAAAAUCAAAAGAAAAACAGAAAAAAAGUACAUACCUUUGGCAGUCUCAAGACUUUCAGCCUCCUCAAGCUUGCUUGUAACAAUUUCAGGGUCUCAGCGUCUUCAAGAUAACUUGGCCCGAAAAUUUUGGUUGUCCAAGAUUGUAAGCCAGAGUUGCAUCUCAUGCUUUGAUCAAAUACAAUUCCACUAGCUUUCCUUGGAACUUCCUUCACGAGGGCCAUCCGCUGUUAGUUCAACUUAUACCAUCCGUUCCUCAACACUCAACAAUCAUAACACCUAAUCUUGGCAGAGUCUCAAGGUUUUCAGCUUCCUCAAGUUUUCUAGUCAGUUUCAGGAUCUAGCGGUUCUCAACUUCUUCAAGUUUUCAAGAAAACUUGUCUUGAUUUCAAGGUAAUGGAGCACACUGGAAAAUUAAUAGAGAAACUUGCGGAUUGGGCACUCGACAAAGGAACGAAGUGGUACUAUUUGGUUGAUAAUCUAAGGUCGCUCGAAGCGAAGUUGCAAAGAUUAAGCAAAAGGAAAAUUGACUUCGAGUCGAAAGUGAAAGAUGCAGAAAGAUCAGGUACUAAGAAAAGGAAAAGGGAGGUUGAGAAUUGGUUUGAUGAGGUAGCAAACAUAGAGAAUGAAUUCGGUGCAUUGGAAACGAGCAUACUAGAGGGUGGAUUUCGAGAAAAUGCAAUUAGCAGUGGGAAUAGAGUGGAGAAAAUGGACAAGAUUGUAGAGCAACUGAUGGUGCAAAGCGAGCAUUUUGAUGGGCUUUUGCUUGAGGAUUCUGAGAGCAGAGGUGAGCCGCGAGAGAUAACAGAAUUAUUUGGAGAAAUGUUCCGCAAAGGUCUGGAAACAAUCACGGCAUGGUUGGACACCAAUGAGAUCUUAAGGAUUGGGAUAUGGGGGAUGGGUGGCGUGGGUAAGACUACAUUGGCGGACCACAUCCAUGAUCACCUCCUUAAGAAUACUCAAUCCAAGGUUUAUUGGAUUUCUGUCUCCCAAGAUUUUACCGUCAAAAGGCUGCAAGGUGACGUUGCUAAACGCCUAAGGCUUGAUCUGUCAGACGUGGAUGAUGAAAAAGUAAGGGCACGUAGGCUGCGCGACGCAUUCGACAAAAUGGAGGAAAUGGUAGUGCUCAUGUUGGAUGAUGUUUGGGAAUACUUUUGUUUAGACAUUUUAGGGAUUGAUGCAAGAAAUUGCAGACUGAUUUUGACUACACGCUCAUUAGAAGUGUGCAACCGGAUGCAAUGCCAAAGCAAAUUUGAGUUGAAAACUUUGGACACAGAGGAAGCUUGGGGUUUGUUCGAGCGUACACUUGGCAGCGAGACCGUGCUUGAUGGAGAUUUGACAGAUAUUGCCAAGUCCAUCACGGAAAGGUGUGGUGGUUUGCCUCUUGGUAUUGUCGUAAUGGCUGGGAGCAUGAUAGGUGUGACCGACAUCCAUGAGUGGAGAAAUGCAUUGGAAGACUUGAAAGCUGGAGGGAACGAUGAGAUGGAAGAAAAGGUGUUUCGCAUCCUGGAAUGGAGUUUCAAACGCCUGAAUAAUUGUGAAAGGGACUGCUUCUUGUAUUGCUGUCUUUAUCCGGAAGAUAGGAAAAUAAAAAGAGAGGAACUAAUACACCUGUUUAUUAGGGCAGAGCUGAUGUCAAAACGGGGCUCAAGGUCAAAAGCAUUUGAUAAAGGUCAAACGAUAUUAAACAAACUGAUUAGAGUUUGCUUGCUGGAAGGAACUAAAGAUUUCGAAGGGGAUGACUGUGUGAAGAUGCAUGAUUUGGUCAGAGAUAUGGCAAUAAGGAUCACGCAUGGAAACUCCACACCAGAGAGCAGCAGAGAUGAUGUACCACGAUUCUUGGUGAAAAGCUUAGGACAGGAAGAUUCACAAGCAACAACACUGGAACAAGAAGAGUGGACACAAGAUCUCCGUGCAGUUUCCUUCUAUUCAGAUAUAUUUCAAAAUAUAAAAAUAGAAAUUCCACCAGCCUGGUCACCAAAUUGUCCUAAGCUCUCAACCUUGCUUCUUUCUGAUGUUUCCAUAGAAGAAAUCCCAGAUUCAUUCUUUCGGCACAUGUGUGGACUUAAAGUUUUGAAUCUAUCUCGGUGCGAAGGUAUAACAAAGCUGCCUAAUUCUGUUUCAGACUUGGUGAAUCUCACUGCCUUGAUUUUGGGGAAUUGUUGGGACCUCCGAUUUGUGCCACCACUGGGAAAGCUCGAGCAGUUGAGGGAUUUGGAUCUAUCCGGAACUGGGAUUGAGGAUUUACCUGAAGGUUGGGAGUCACUGGUCAACCUCGAAAGGCUUAACUUGGACGAGUGUUGGGCUUUAAGUCAAAAGAUAAUACCAAAAGGGACAUUUUCCCAAUUGCACCGUCUUCAAUUGCUAUUAUUGCCAACCUAUGGUAGCUUACAAGUUAAUGAUCCAGAAGUGUUGAACCAGUUAGUAAGUUUUAAAGGAUGUUUGUCUUUUACGGACUUCUAUAAAAUUACUCGGUGGCCAAAAUACUAUAAUGAUGUUUAUAUCACUGAUAUCUUAACUGAGGAUCCGAGUGAUGAAUUUGAUCAUGAUGAGGACUGGCAACAAUUGUAUUUCCAUCAGUGCAAACUUGGUAGAGGAUCGAACAACCUGCCAGAUGAUAUGGAACGUCUGAUAAUCAAGAAUUGUGAGGGCAUGGGCAUUAGGUGCUUGUCAGAUGUUUUUAAGAAUUUUAUAAAUUUAAGCGGCUUAUCUAUAUUGGAAAUUAUGAAUUUGGUCGGAAUAGAGUUCCUCUGGCAAUUGUCCUCUGCUUCUCCACGUGAUCAGUUGGAAGUUUCGUCUUUCAGUCCACUCAGUGGUCUCGAAGAGCUCCGCCUCUGGAGCUUGCCAAAUCUGGUUGGCCUUUUUUUCGGAGAAUCAGAACCAUCAUAUUUGCUUCCAGCUGGCACCUUUUCUUCCCUAAAAAAAUUGAGGAUUUCUAAAUGUCACAACAUGAAGCAGCUAUUCACAGUGCAGUUGCUGCAGAGCCUUCAAAAUCUCGAAAAAUUAAAAGUUGUAGAUUGUGAAGGACUGGAAGAGAUAGCAGCAGAUGGCAAUGGAGGAGGAGAAGGCAUCCAAUUGACUUCAAGUGAAGGAGCCACCGCCACUGUCAUCCUUCCGAAAUUGGGGUGGUUGCAUCUGGAAAACCUGCCACAACUGAAUAACAUUUGCAAGGCAGCCAUGAUCUGCGAAUCAAUUGAGGUGAUUGCAAUAUUCGAUUGUCCAAAUUUAAAGAGGCUGCCUUCGUUUCUUUCCACCAUCGACGGACCACCAUCUCUUCCCCGCACUCUUCCUACAAUCUGGGGAGAUGAAGCAUGGUGGGAAUCAUUAGAGUGGGACAAUCCUAGUGCCAAAAAUGACCUUGAGCCAUACUUUACCACAAAGUUGUGAUAUUUGAAGACCACUUGUUUGAUCAAAAUCCUGACUGGUCCUCAUGUUACUGGGUAGCCACAAAACUGCUGCUGCAAGAGAGGUGAUGUUGCAAAAACAAGUGUUAAUUGAAGCCUUGUCCACCAACGCCAAAUUUCAUUUCAGUACAUACUUCUUCCUUAGCUGUAUUACAGUUGCUGUUUUUUCAUCAUGUGUAGCUUUCUAUUCCUACCUAGAUGAUCUUUUUCCUAAACUUGAUUGUAACUGGAGCAGUGAUACAGUUUUUUGUGACUAUUCCUUGAUUAUCGACAAAAAUGUUUUGGGGUAAUAUGACAAAAUUUUUGGUCAUAUUGUACUCCAAGAAUGUUUUUUCAAUCUAUCAAUUUAAACCAUUCUAUGUA